GCGGCCACCGUCGCCCGGGCCGCUGCCCGCCGAGUGCGCAGCUUACGCCGCUCCCGCGCCCCCGCUCCGCCCCGCGUGUCGUGCGUGCCGUGCGUGAGCGUGCGCGGGCGCGUCGGCCGGCGAGGGAGCAGCAAACGGCCGGCGGCUGGUGCCGCGCGGGGGGCGGGUGGCGCUGAGUAGGCGGCGGCGGCCAUGGCCGAGGCGUCUCCGCAUCCCGGACGGUACUUCUGCCACUGCUGCUCCGUGGAGAUCGUCCCGCGCCUGCCGGAUUAUAUCUGUCCAAGAUGCGAGUCUGGUUUUAUCGAGGAGCUUCCGGAAGAGACCAGGAGCACAGAAAAUGGUUCUGCCCCCUCCACAGCUCCCACGGAGCAGAGCCGGCCACCGUUGGAGCACGUGGACCAGCACCUGUUCACGCUGCCGCAGGGCUACGGACAGUUUGCUUUCGGCAUCUUCGAUGACAGCUUCGAGAUCCCCACGUUCCCUCCUGGGGCGCAGGCUGACGACGGCAGGGACCCUGAGAGCCGGCGGGAGAGAGAACAUCCGUCCCGGCACCGGUACGGCGCCCGGCAGCCCCGCGCCCGCCUCACCACGCGGCGGGCCACCGGCCGGCACGAAGGCGUCCCCACGCUGGAAGGGAUCAUCCAGCAGCUCGUCAACGGCAUCAUCACGCCCGCCACCAUCCCCAGCCUGGGUCCCUGGGGAGUCCUGCACUCAAAUCCUAUGGACUACGCCUGGGGGGCCAACGGCCUGGACGCCAUCAUCACACAGCUCCUCAAUCAGUUUGAAAACACGGGCCCCCCACCGGCAGAUAAAGAGAAAAUCCAGGCCCUCCCCACCGUCCCCGUCACUGAGGAACACGUAGGCUCCGGGCUUGAGUGCCCUGUGUGCAAGGACGACUACGCGCUGGGUGAGCGUGUGCGGCAGCUGCCCUGCAACCACCUGUUCCACGACGGCUGCAUCGUGCCCUGGCUGGAGCAGCACGACAGCUGCCCCGUCUGCCGAAAAAGCCUCACGGGACAGAACACGGCCACGAACCCCCCGGGCCUCACUGGGGUGAGCUUCUCCUCCUCGUCGUCCUCCUCCUCCUCCAGCUCGCCCAGCAACGAGAACGCCACAAGCAACUCUUGAGCCCGCGUCGGCCGUCGGGAAAGCACGGGCCUUUCCCACCCACCCUCAGCCAGCGCCACACGGCACCCACAGACUGGGUGCCCCAGCGGCGCCACGCUUGGCUGGUCAGCGCUGCAGGUCCCGCCUGUUCCAGGGCAGGACCCAGGCCUGGCCCACCGGCCCCCUGGCUCGGGAAGGCGUGGGCCACAUGGUUCCCUCUGGGGCGUCUGCAGCCUCCCCGUCCUCUGUCUAACCUCACCCUCUAAACGUUCAGCGGUGGAAAGAUUUUUAUAAUUUUAAAUUAUUACUGCUUUGAAAUAAAUGGACGUUUUAGCUCACAUGGCGGCCAUGCAUGAUUUGUGGCAAAAGACGGGGCACAGCUGCUACACCAGCGCUGCAAGCGCCGCCAGGACAGGCCGCGUGGGCCCCCAGCCUCCCCCUCGGCUGCCUCCACGACCCGGAGUUCGAGGGCUUGGGACUGUGAGGAUGACCAGCAAAAUUCAAGAACAAAACUGCUCCAACAGACUUUUUUAAAGGAAAAAAUAUGUGUAUCUUGAAAGCUAUUUAAAAUACACUACUUACAAAGAGAA